UUUUUCAACAUAACGCAUGGGACAAUGUGGAGUGGACAGAGGAGCAAGAGGCAGCUGCCAAGAAGAAGGUCCAAGAAAACAGUCAGCCCCUCCCUCAAGAGAAGCAAGACGAACGCCGUUACAGAAUCACCCACCACACCCGGACGGAGCGGCAUGGUAACAGGCAACAGCGAGAGCAGAAGCAGCGAAAGGAGGAAUGGACAUGGGAAGACGUUUUGGAUGGCAAGGGUUGUUACACUUGGGAGGAGAUAUUGGCUGGAAGAGAUCGCCUCCCAUGGGAACAGGUGGAGGCACUUAGGAGAGCAGAGGCAGCCGGAGAGAGGAGCCAACGUUAGGAGGGAACACGGUUGGCAAGGAAACCCAAAAGUCAGCCCCAAAAAUUUAUUGGGGUGGGGCUCAGGGAGAGUGUGGCAGAGUCAGGGUUCAGACCUGAGCCAACUCCCCCUGUUUACCGUAAGGAGCCAUGGAUGUUAUCGGAACUAUCGACGAAGCUGAGGGCUGAGUCUGAGAGGGUCGAGGAAUAAUUGGACAUAAUGGAGGAGAGUGAACAGAUGGGAGAUGAGGAGACACUCGAGGAGUUGUUAAUGGAAUUGGAGGAGAGUGAAGAGAGAGAGCAGUUGAUUUGGCGUAGUAUGCAAGAUAGUCGCCCGACGGAGCGUGUCGGGGAUUUGAUGGCACCUGGGUCAGCGCUCCAUACUCGUCCUGAGGUGCGUGUUUGUCGGCUGGUGAAAAUUGUGCCAGCCUCACGCACUAGGCCUCCUGUGUACCUACCUAGCCUCGCACGUCCUGUGCCAGCCCUGCUCUCAGGCUCUCCAGUACACCUUCACGAUCCGGUCCAUCCUGUGCCACCUUCACACACCAGUCCUCCGGUGGCAGCUCCCCGCACCAGGCUUCCUGUGCGUGUCCUCGGUCCAGUACCACCAGUUCCAGCACCACGCACCAGGCCUUCAGUGCGCCUCGCCUGUUCAGCGCAGCCAGAGCCUUUCUCCUCUCCAGUGCUGUCGGAGCCUCCCGCCUGUUCAGCGCAGCCAGCGCUUUCCUCUUCUCCUGCACUGCCGGAGUCUCCCGCCUGUUCAGCGCUUCCAGAGCCUUCCUCCUCUACAACGCUGCUGGAGCCUCCUGCCUGUUCAGCGCAGCCUGAGCUGCCAGUCUGCAUGGAGCAGCCAGAGCUGCCAGUUUGCAUGGAGCAGCCAGAGCUGCCAGUCUGCACAAAGCUGCCAGUCUGCAUGGAGCAGCCAGAGCUGCCAGUCUGCAUGGAGCAGCCAGAGCUGCCAAUUUGCAUGGAGCUGCCAGUCUGCAUAGAGCUGCCAGUCUGCAUAGAGCUGCCAGUCUACAUGGAGCAGCCAAAGCUGCCAGUCUGCAUGGAGCAGCCAGAGCUGUCAGUCUGCAUGGAGCAGCCAGAGCUGCCAGGUUGCAUGGAGCAGCCAGAGCUGUCAGUCUGCAUAGAGCUGCCAGUCUGCAUAGAGCUGCCAGUCUGCAUAGAGCUGCCAGUCUGCAUAGAGCAGCCAGAGCUGCCAGUCUGCAUGGAGCUGCCAGUCUGCAUAGAGCUGCCAGUCUGCAUGGAGCAGCCAGAACAGCUAGAUCCGCCAGUCAGCCAUGAUCUUCCAGAUCUGCCAGACAACCAGAUUCUUCCAGAUCUGCCAGUCAACCAGACUCUUCCAGAUCUGCCAGUCAACCAGACUCUUCCAGAUCUGCCAGUCAACCAGACUCUUCCAGAUCUGCCAGUCAACCAGACUCUUCCAGAUCUGCCAGUCAACCAGACUCUUCCAGAUCUGCCAGUCAACCAGACUCUUCCAGAUCCGCCAGCCAGCCAGGAUCUGCUAGAGCCAACUACCUGCCUGAGCUUCCUCUCAGUGCUGAGCUUCCUCUCAGUGCUGAGCUUCCUCUCAGUCCCGAGCUUCCCCUCAGUCCCGAGCUUCCCCUCAGUCCCGAGCUACCCCUCAGUCCCGAGCUACCCCUCAGUCCCGAGCUACCCCUCAGUCCCGAGCUGCCCCUCAGUCCCGAGCUGCCCCUCAGUCCCGAGCUGCCCCUCAGUCACGAGCUGCCCCUCAGUCCAGUGGGGUUCUGGGUGAGGACUACUAGGCCAUGGUCGGCGGCGAGGGUGGACUAUCCCAGGACGCGAAGGGGAGGAACUAAGACAUUUAUGGAGUGGGGUCCACGUCCCGAGCCGGAGCCGCCACCAUGGACAGACGCCCACCCGGACCCUCCCUAUGGUUUUGAGGUGCGUCCGGGAGUCCGCACCUUA